AUGGCAGGAAACAUGGGGUGGGGUGUAAUAGAGGAGGAGGGAUGGAGGAAGGGUCCUUGGACUGCUGAAGAGGACAGAUUGCUCAUUCAGUAUGUCAGACUGCAUGGUGAAGGCAGAUGGAACUCUGUUGCUAGGCUUGCAGGACUGAAAAGAAAUGGAAAGAGCUGCAGACUGAGAUGGGUGAAUUACCUGAGACCAGACCUCAAAAAGGGUCAGAUAACACCACAAGAAGAAAGCAUAAUUCAAGAGCUGCAUGCUAGGUGGGGAAACAGGUGGUCAACAAUUGCAAGAAGCUUGCCAGGAAGAACUGACAAUGAGAUCAAGAAUUAUUGGAGGACCCAUUUCAAGAAGAAGACUAAAAGCCCCUCUGAUGCUGCUGAGAAGGCUAGAAUCCGUUCCUCUAGGAGGCAGCAAUUUCAACAGCAACAACUGCAGUUGAAGCAUCAGCAGCAGGUUCAGCAGCAGCAGCAACAACAAUUCCAAUUCAACUUGGACAUCAAAGGGAUCAUAAACUUGCUUGAGGAAAAUGACCAUAGAGUCCCUUCUACAUCUCAAGAGACACAAGAAAUGGUUAACAUGUAUCCAAACACUUCAGAGCAGCAGGGUUAUUUCUACUCUAUGUUCAAUGCCAAUGACAAUGUCUCUGCACCAGAGUCAUCAAACGAAGAAAUUCUGUGGGAUGGACUGUGGAACUUGGACGAUGUUCUUUGCAAUUUCAAUGCAGCUAAUGCUACAAGCAAAGCUAGUUUACACAAUUUAGUUGCUCCUUUCAGUUAA